UCCAGUAAUCACAACAGUAUUUAGCUGCAAGGAAUCAAGCUAGCUGUAGCAAACAGAGGAGAUCAUGGGGAACAUUCUCCUGCAGCUGCUCGCCGUUGUUGCACUCUGCAUUGCACCGGCGAGGUCGGACUGGCUCCCGGGCACCGCCACGUUCUACGGCGGCGCCGACGGCUCCGGCACCAUGGGUGGCGCGUGCGGGUACGGCAACCUGUACGACCAGCGCUACGGCAUCAACAACGCAGCGCUGAGCACGCCGCUGUUCAACGACGGCGCGUCGUGCGGGCAGUGCUACCUCAUCAUCUGCGACUACGGCAAGGCGCCCGACUGGUGCAAGCUCGGCAAGGCGAUCACCGUGACGGGCACCAACUACGGCGGCUGGUGCAACGCGACCCGCCCUUACUUCGACAUGUCCCAGCCUGCCUGGGAGAACAUUGGCAUCUACAGCGCUGGCAUCGUCCCCAUCCUCUACCAACAGGUGAAGUGCUGGAGGUAUGGGGGAGUGAGGUUCAUCAUCAACGGGUUCAACUACUUCGAGCUGGUGCUGGUGACCAACAUGGCCGGGAGCGGGUCGAUCGUGAGCAUGUCGGUGAAGGGGUCAUGCACGGGGUGGAUCCAGAUGACGAGGAAUUGGGGCGCCAAUUGGCAGUGUCUCGCUGGACUGGCCGGACAGGCGCUCAGCUUCAAUGUCACCUCCACCGGCGGCCAGACCAUCGUCUUCGACGACGCCGUGCCGGCGGGGUGGUCGUUCGGCCAAACCUUCAGCACCUACCACCAAUUCGACUACUGAUUGAGCUAUAUAUGUUCAGACAUCAGGAAUAUCAGAUCCUCGUCUGAAAUCUGAAUGUCUAUCUGAUCGAUCCAGCAUUGGUAAUCUGUUUCAUUGUAAGAUCGAGCAUUAUUUGGGAGUACCAUUCAUUUGAUCGUUUUAAUUGCUAGUCGGUGGAUGUAAAUCAAGUUGAAUCCACUGCUAUCUUUAAUCGAUGUGAAACUGUAGUAGUACCACUGAAGAUCACAUUCCAUCAGACUUCGAUUACAUCAUAAAACGUGUACCACAUGCUGAUGACAGCCGACGAGUCAUAUUCCUCGAUGGAAGCAGAGUGGCAAUUAAAGGCUACGACUAGAGAGGCUCACGAGAAAAAUACAUGUACAAGUACGCAAUAAUAUCAACACCAAAGCCAUCAAAUAAUUCGAGACUCGUACACAAGAAAACUGACAGGAAGACAGCGGUUGAGCUGAUUCUGAACGAAGCCUUUCGUGUGGAGGUGAUUACCAAACGAGACGAGCUACGCAGGACAGACAGCGUCAGCCGCUGUCUGGUGAUGCAUGACAGCAGAGACAGCUCUGGGGAUCGCAACAAGAGCUUUUACUUGUGGACGGACGCUUGCAAAAUCCAUCGACGAUCGUGGGACGUGGCUAGCUCGGCGAUCAAUCCAAAGGAGUACCAGGAGACUACUAGCUAGGAGUGUGGAACCUUAUCCAACAACACAACAAGACAGGAGAAGAUAAAGGCCCCGGAUUCUCACGUAACAGCGUGUGUUUUGCGCUUGCGUUUUUUUU